AUGGAUGGCGAGCGGACCCCAGCCAGCUCGACACCUGCGAGCGAAUCGGCUCCAACAAGCAGCAAGACGGUCCCAGGGCCAGCAUCACAGCGACCUGCGGACACAAAGGUCACCAAGCCGAAACGCAGUGUGGUUCAUGUUGCAUGUGCUUGCUGCAGGCGACUUCGUAUCAAGUGCGACGGAGUACGACCGACUUGCCAACCAUGCGCCAGAAGAUAUGAAGACUGUGUGUACGAUGUCGAGGCCAACACGACACGAUCGAACGCGCUCAAGCGCAAGAACGAGGAGCUUGCAAAGGAGAACACACAGCUCCGAACACUGUACGACUUCCUACAGAAACGACCCCUAGUUGAGGCCGAGGAGAUCUUCCGUCGCGUUCGAAGCACUCAAGAUCCACUUGAAGUCUUGCGCCAUGUCACCACCGCCGACUUGCUUAUGGCUCAGACGACUGUUCCUGAAAAGCAUACACAAAGUCAGAAUCCUCGAAGCGCUUCUUCCAACAGGAACUAUACUCCUGGAUCCGGCGCACUCAAGUAUGAUCCUGUUCACGACAGUCAGUGA